AUGUACAGCACAUCACCAGCCAUCAGAUGCAUGACACUGGGGAGCCAGGGCAUCCGUAGGUUCCUCUGCGAUGCCACCAUGCGCGUCACCUCAACGGCCAAACUGACAUGCCGUGACGCAGCAUAUAAAGAAGCAACUGAACGAUUCGCUACUGAGACGCUUGUCAUGUAUUACACGUGCGAGUGCCGUGCUUAG